UUUCCGUUUUCUCCACAAGGUCUUUCCCUUGGCCUUCUCUCACCUAAACAAGGAUUUGAUGAGAGAGAGAACCCUUGGUGGUGCCUUCAAUCCUUCCUUCUUCCUUGUAUAUUGUAAUAUUAAUCUCUCUCUCUCUCUCUCUCUCUCUCUCUCUCUCCCCUAAACAGGCAUUUACAUGAGGAAACUUUGUCCAAAUUUUGAUAGAGAAGAUGGACUGGAGACGGUGCUUGAGGUCCCCAUACCGGAGGACAUGUUCACGAGUAUGGGUAGCAAUGUAGCCCUCCGGUGGCAGAACAUGGCCACAUGGAUGAAGGCACAAACUUCGGAUAAAUGGUUAUCUCCAAUUAUAGCUGGGCGUUAUAAUGAGCUGAGUUUUCUCCUUUAUAUUGUCGGGUCUCCUCUCAUACCCCUUCAAGUGCAACUGGACCAUUCCUUACACCGUCCUGUUAGACACUCUUCCAUCGAAGCUUCAACAGCAAAGUACAUCGUACAACAAUACAUAGCAGCCACAGGUGGACAAGCAGCGAUGAACUCGUUACUGAGCAUGUGUGCAGUAGGAGAGGUGAAAAUAAGCGCGUCAGAUUUUCACCAAGGUGAUGAAAGCGUGAAUGUUAGGAGUACGGAGGAGGCUGGAGGAUUUGUACUUUGGCAGAAGAAUCCGGACUUGUGGUGCUUGGAGUUACUUGUUUCAGGGUGCAAAGUCAUCUCUGGAAGCAAUGGGAAGGUCUCUUGGAGGCAAUCUUCCAACCAGCAAACUCCCAUAUCUAAGGGUCCACCCAGACCCUUGCGCCGGUUUUUGCAGCACUUAAUGCACUGGUGGCAGGGGCUAGAUCCUAGAUCCACAGCCAAUUUGUUCCUAGAUGCAGUAUGCAUUGGAGAGAAGAUCAUAAAUGAUGAGGACUGCUUCAUACUCAAACUUGACACAUGCAAAUCAGCCCUCGAGGCACAAAGCAGCUCUAAAUAUGAAAUCAUCCAUCACACAAUAUGGGGCUAUUUUAGCCAAAGAUCAGGCCUUCUACUUAAAUUUGAGGACUCAAGGCUUCUCACUGUAAAAACAAAAGGGGAGGAUAGUGAGGGUAUUUUUUGGGAAACAAGUACAGAAUCAGUGAUUGAAGACUACAAAUAUGUUGAUGGUGUUAAUAUUGCACAUAGUGGCAAAACAUUUGUCACAGUUUAUAGAUAUGGGGAACAAUCUGCUAAUCACAGGAGGGAGCUCGAAGAAGCAUGGAAAAUUGAGGAGGUUGAUUUUAACGUUUGGGGUUUGUCUGCAGAUUUCUUUAUGCCUCCUUCGGAUAUCAAAAGGGUGAAACAAAGUUGAAAGUGAAA